AUGGGAGCUUAAUGCUGCACUUUACCAGCUAAAUUAACUGUUUAUGAAAUAGACAUAGACAGUCAAAGAUUAAGAGGAAGUGUACACACAUAAACUAAAAGAUCUGUAAUUAAGAAAGAUUAAAAAAGUGAUGAAGAAAUAAUUAAUUGUCAAAAAGAAAACUAUGAGGAUUUUUAAGUUCUUGGUUCUGGAUCUUUAGAUUUAAAAUAGAAUUAAGAUUAAAUACAAUAUUAAAAUAGAUUGUUACAGAAAUAAGAAAGCCAAAUAGAAUCAAGUAUGACAGUAUUAUAGAUUUAUCGAAAUAGCAAUCCCAAGAAGUAAAUUUCAGAGAAAAAUAACAAAUUCAUCAGUUGGUUCUGUAAAAUUGGGAGCAGAAGUGUUCAUUAAUCUUAAAUCUGGAAGCAUACAUAAAUAUUAUGAAACAGGAGAAAUCUUAGGAUAAGGAGCCUAUGGAAAGGUUUGGAAGGUAACACAUAAAAAUACUGGUAAAAUUAUAAUUCAUUAAUUUCAGGUAUGAUAAGAGCGAUGAAAGAACUGAAAAAAAAAUCAAUUAUUAUUGAAGAAUAAUAAAGAUUAUUUGCAGAAAUGAAUAUUUUAAAAAACUUGGAUCAUCCCCAUAUAGUGAAACUAUAUGAGUUAUAUUAAGAUUAAAAUAACUAUUAUCUAAUAACAGAAUAUUUAUCAGGAGGGGAAUUAUUUGAUAGAAUAAAAGAAUUUAAUUAUUUUAGUGAAAGGAAAGCAGCUGAAUUGAUGAGACAAAUUUUAUCAGCUGUUGUCUAUUGUCAUCAAAGAAGUAUUGUUCAUAGAGAUCUUAAACCAGAGAAUGUGCUAUUUGUUAAUGAUUCAUAAUUAUCUCCAAUUAAGAUUAUUGAUUUUGGAACUUCUAGAAAAUAUGAUCAAAACUAAAAAAUGACCAAGAAAUUAGGAACAGUACAUAUGAUUAUUAAUAACUUAGGCAUAUUAUAUAGCACCUGAAGUUUUAAAGUAAGAAUAUAAUGAAAAAUGUGAUGUUUGGUCUUGUGGGAUAAUCUUAUACAUACUGUUAUGCGGUUAUCCUCCAUUUACUGGUAAAAAUGAAGAAGAAAUUAUGCAAAAAGUAUGUGAAGGAGAAUUAAUUUUUGAGUGUAAGAUUUGAUUUUCGAAAUUAGAUUAGAAGAGGAUUGGGAAAUGAUAUCCACAGAAGUUAAAGAUCUCAUAAGAAAUAUGUUACAAGUAGAUCCUAGCAAGAGAUAUUCUGCUUAGUAAGCUUUAUCAGAUCCAUGGAUCAAAAAGAAUUAAUCUAGUACGAAAAUGAAUAAAACAGCAUUAUAAAAUUUGUAGAAGUUCUAAGUAUCUAAUAAAUCAAAUUUAGGCUUAAUCUGUAUUUACUUAAGCUGUACUUUCAUUCAUAGCUUGUUAAAUGACUUCUUAAUAGGAAUAAGAUGAAUUAGCCAAAUCUUUUUAAUUUUUAGAUAAAAAUGGAGAUGGAAUUUUAUCAAGAGAGGAACUGAUAGAAGGAUAUAAUUCUGUCUUUAAAAAUAGAUAAUAGGCUAAUUUAGAAGUUGAUAAAAUUUUAUCAAUUGUAGAUAUAAAUUAAAGUGGUUAAGUAGAUUUUUCUGGUAAAUUAUUUAUUUUAUUAUUUUCAGAAUUUUUGAUGGCAGCUAUGAAUUAGGAAAAAUUAGUUUCUUUAGAAAAAGUCAAAGCUGCCUUCAAAAUUUUUGAUGCAAAUGAGGAUGGGAAGAUAUCAAAAAAUGAACUUGAAAUGAUGAUUGGAACAAUAGAAGAUGAUAUUUGGUAAUAAAUAUUGAUUGAAUGUGGAGCAUAAGGAGAAAUUACAGAAAAGCAAUUUAUAAAUAUUCUGCUGCAUUAACGACAUUGA